UCAGCAGCGCCAGCUCCAACCAGCAUCCUUCGGGCUACGACCUGGGCCCCCAACCGGGGGACAAGCCUUCUCAUGGAGAUGAUGGGGGCCAUGGUCGUAGUUCUGACCAUGGUCAUGAUGGUCACCAUGGAGACAAGCACAAGGAUGAUCAUGGUCAUGAGGGAGACCACGGAGACAGUGGGAGGAGGAACCGGGAUGACCGGGAUCAUGAUCGGCAUCGUGAUCGGGAUAGUGACCGACAUGAUCGGGAUCAUGAUCGGGAUAGUGACCGACAUGAUCGGGAUCAUGAUCGGGAUAGUGACCGACAUGACCAGGAUCAUGACCGUGAUCAUGACCGGGAUCAUGACCGUGACCGACGUAGCCCUGACCAUCAUGGCGGUGGCCAUAGAAGCCCUGGUCGAGAUCGCAGACGCAGACGUAGUGGGAGUGGUCACAGAAGUGGCAGCGGUAGUCGAAGCGGUAGCCGUGAACGCGGCCACGGUCAUGGCCGUGGUCACGGCCAUGGUCGGGGGCGUGGACGUGGUGGACGCUGGUAACAGUAGGCUGAUCUUCAUCAACCAGAGAGGAAAAAAAUCAAAAACGUUUUCUUUUUAUUACCCGAAACCCUUUAAACCUGUAAAUGUAGUUCUGGUGAAUUUCUUCACCUUUUGUGAGACCACUGUGUGUAAAGGAAAUGCAUAAAUCAGUUUUGGUUUGAUGUAAUA